AUGGCGUCCAAACUCAGCCUGGUCAAGCUCAAUGCAUUUGGCACGCAUAUCCAGAUUGCACGAUUUUCUAAUUAUGGAUCUCGUUACUUCGUGGACUUAGUGCGCCUACCUAAUGAGCUCACUGACCUUAUGAUUUUCGAGUGGUAUGAACGCAAGAGGGCUCCUCUCACUUGUAUUCUCCCAACUUUUCUGCGUAACGGGCUUCCAUCCCGUAAACGCACGGUUUACUUUGGUCAAGGUCAGGCACCGGCUAUUCUGGUUCCAGCUGCUGCUGACCCACUGCGUGACAUUAAGUUUCCGUCCCCAGAAGAUGGUAUGGUGUCGUUACGAGCGUGUAUUAUUAACCACAAAGUUUUUCGUUAUAAUCGCGUUACGCCACCAUCUAUUCGGCUACGCCAAGCUGCAGAUGCCGCACGUCAAGCUGCAGGUUCUGUACACCACGCUACGGAUGCCGCACGCCAGACCUCCUCCCCGACCAGUACCUAG